AUGUCCACCAAGAUGGAGUACGUUCGCCUCGGCAACAGCGGCCUCAAGGUCUCCAAGCUGAUCCAAGGGUGCAUGGUCUUUGGCGACCCGAACUGGCAGGGCUCGCCCUGGACUCUCGGCGAGGAGGACGGCAUGAAGCUGCUCAAAAAGGCCUACGAUCUGGGCAUCAACACAUGGGACACGGCCGACACGUACUCCAACGGGGCGUCCGAGGUGAUUAUCGGCAAGGCGCUCAAAAAGUACCAGAUCCCACGGUCCAAGGUGGUGAUCCUGUCCAAGAUCUUCAACCCGGUCCUGGAAGACGGCAGCCGGCCUCCCAGCAUCAACGACGGACCGUUGGUCAACCAGAUGGGCCUGUCGCGCAAGCACGUCUUCAAGGCCGUCGACGACUGCCUGAAGCGUCUCGACACCGACUACAUCGACGUGCUGCAGAUCCACCGGCUGGACCGCGAGACGCCGCCCGAGGAGAUCAUGCGCGCCCUGCACGAGGUCGUCGUGUCGGGCAAGGUCCGGUACAUUGGCGCGAGCAGCAUGUACACGUGGGAGUUUGCCCGCCUGCAGUACACGGCCGAGCUCAAGGGGUGGACAAAGUUUAUUUCCAUGCAGCCCUUUUACAACCUGCUGUACCGGGAGGAGGAGCGCGAGAUGAUUCCCUUUUGCAACGCCACCGGAGUCGGCGUCAUUCCCUGGUCGCCCCUGGCCAGGGGACUGCUGGCCCGCCCGGCAAAGAAGGAGGAGGGCGCACAGGAGUCGCUGAGGGAGCAGACCGAUGCAAAGGCAAAGAAGUGGAACGAGUCCUCGAACCCGGCCAUCAUUGACCGGGUGCAGGAGGUUGCGGCCAAGAAGGGCGUCAGCAUGGCUGUGUUGGCGACGGCGUGGGUGCUGCACAAGGGAUGCGCACCGAUCCUGGGUCUGAGCACAGAAAAGAGGAUUGAGGAGGCUGUGGAGGCAUUGAGCGUGAAGCUGACGGAUGAGGAGCUGAGCUAUUUAGAGGAGGAGUACCAACCCAGGACGGUUCAGGGAAUAACCCCUGAAAGGAGACCUGAAAGGAGACCUGAAAGGAGACCUGACACCUAA